GGGUGCCAAUAAUUUUAGGGCACUGUAAAAAUAUCUGCAGAUUGGCAAACAUGUAUACAUACAUUGUAUGUCGUAUAUGGGUGAUUUUCCUGAGCUUAUAUAGGGGCCAUUGGAAGUGUGUCCUUACAAUGACAGUGUGUUGUUUUUAGAUGUUGUGGGAGGCUCUAAAUGAGCCAAUACGAAUGAGCACUUGGCAGUGAUUUGCUGAUGGAAGCCAUUAAGUUAAUGGUACUCAAUACAAUUCACUUUUGUGACAAAUGGGUACUGAGUUACCACUGGAGGCUAAGUAUCGGUGUCAGAGAAUGUGCAACGUCCCAGGCAGCCUGCUUAUAUCCCAAACCAUACAUCCAAUAUGUUCAUAACACAUUAUAUUCAUACUGAGGAGGGGUUGUUUCUGGUGAGUUCUAUCCUACAUCUAUUCACAAAGAGAGAAUAAGCAUAUUUAAGUUUACACUUACAUUUUUGUCAUUAGCAGAUACUCUUAUCCAGAGCAACUUGUACAGCUUACUUUGUGUACAUACAAUCAAUUUAUAAAGCUGGAUAUUUACUGAAUCAGUUCAGGUUAAGUACCUUGCUCAAGGAUACAACAGCAGUGCCCUAUAUGGGAAUCAAACUACAACAUUAGAGAAGCCCUGUUCUCUAUCUUUGUGAGUUUAUCAUUGGUCAGUAGACACAUUUCAUAUUAGGAUAUUUUUGACGUCAUGUAUUGUAUACUGGAAAAUUGAAAUGAAAAAUGAAAAUUAUAUAGGACCUCAUUUUUCAAGAAGUACUUUCACCACAAUACUACCAUCUCGUCCUUGUAUCUUAUUUAUAUCAAAGAAAAACCUGAAGCCGCUAAGCGAAAUACUUUGUUUUUCAGUCAUGCAGAUGAGAUGUCCCUUGAAAUGACUUGUCACAAGACUUGACAAAGAAGGAAAGACAAACCAGCACAGGAUGUCUUCAUAUUGUUGGCCAAGAGCAUGAAGUGAAUAGCUAAUUGAGGCAAAGCUCCAGUCGGCGGGGGCAGCAGUGGCGAUUGCACCUCUCCGUUUCCAUCCAAGCUGACUGAGAUGCAGAUUGAACUCAACAGCUGAGGGGCUGCGUGUGUGUAAUGAGACUCCAUUAAUUGGGCAGUGCUCAUUGUUGGCCCCAUGACGGUAGGAUUUAGAGGCACUAAGCUGCUUUUUUUCAUCUCUCUUUAUUCUUCUAAAUGAAAAUCAGGUGGCUGACUUGAGCAGGAAGGUCAAAGUUACAGUAUUUCUGCUAAUUAAACUCAAGCAGUGGUCAGAGGUCAUGUCUGAUUAGCAGGGUAAGAGGCCUUGCUUUGUUCAGCUCUUCAGGAUCACUCCAGGACCUUCCAAGCAUUGAGUCAUUACACAGAGCGCUGAACAUGCAAUAUUGAUAACCUGGAACAGGCGUAAGAGUGUUGGUACAAAUAAUUACUAACACAAUGUUUAGCUUCUCCCUUUAAAGUGCCUUGUAAUCCAGUCUUAAACACAAUGUAUUCACUCUCUUUUCCUGAAUCAGGUUUAGUCUCAAUGUUUACUGAUAAUAGAAUGAAGCGAUUGAUGGAAUUUCUUUAUGGUCCUAAUAGUUGCUAAGGAAGGUGACAUACAGAUAAACAUUUUCCACUGGGGCAUUGGUGUUGUAUCCUAACACAGGGGCUCUUAUCUGGAAUUACUUCACAAAUUCCUGAAACUUGAGCUGUCAACAUGGGCAAGGAUGACAGAUAUCUUAUGCGUAAGGCGGAAGCAUUCCCAUUCUGCUACUCCUUUCACAUUAUAUUACGUUAUUUUCGAAUUUGACACAUGCUCACAUCCCGCGUAACUUGCAAUAUACAACAACAGGGCACUUUAAUUUCACAGGAGAAAAGCAAAUGAGCAUCAAGCUCAUAAAUUGUGUUGACCUACGUAUACAUAUGCAGCAGUAUUUAGUUGUUUGGUCACUUAAAUAAGCACCCUGCGGCAGAAGGCGGCCACCUCAAUUGAAAAGAAAUGCCCUCGGAAGGCCUGAGCAAUUUGCGUAGAAUUAGCAGAAGUCGUUCGCAAACCCUAAAUCCGAAACAGCGCCCACCCCCAGAAGAUGCACUUGGAUGUAAAACUCCAACUCGCGCAGAACAGAGGAAGCCGGAGCUUAUCUACGAGGUGUUGUAGAUUGCUGACAAUAAAAAGUUGCGACCGCGUCUGUUCAAGCAGCGAGAUAGCCCGUAACUUUCGUCUGGCCGCUCGCUGGUCUUCAGCACAGACGGGAAGCACAGGAGCGCCGUGCUGCAGACGUUAAAUCAAAGCAUUUCUCAGCAGCGACCAGCGAUGAGCCCCAUUAGGUGAACAAAAUCUCUGACUCCCGACUGAUAAGUGCCCGAGGCAUUGAUUUGCGCGAGGAAGCAGUGCUGGAACAGCAGGCUAUAUGCUGCACCCUGGGGAGCUGUUCCUGUGAGAGUUUUAAACCUGGGAAGUUAAGACGACGACAGUGUGAACACUGCAAACACGGAUGGGUGGCACACGCUCUCAGUAAGCUGAAGGUGCAGCACCUGUUCCAUGGAGGCCAGGUGGAGAUCGUCCACUCCAGCGUGGUGUUUGAUAUCUGCAGCCUGAUGCUGUACGGGACGCAGGCUAUCCCCGUGCGGCUGAAGAUCCUGCUGGACCGGCUCUUCAGCGUGCUCAAGCAGGAGGAGGUCAUCCAGAUCCUGAAUGCACUUGACUGGACUCUACAGGACUACAUCCGAGGAUAUGUGCUGCAGGAUGUAACUGGCAGAGUCUUGGAUCGUUGGGUGAUCAUGACCCUGGAGGAGGAGAUGGCCGCCCUGCAGCAGUUCCUGCGUUUCGGGGAGACCAAAUCCAUUGUGGAGCUCAUGGCGGUUCAGGACAAAGAGAGCCAGACAGUCCUCGUACCCAGCACCAGGACCAGCUCAGGCAUCCGGGCGUUCAUUGAGAGCAGCGCUCACCGCAGCACUGACCUCCCGCCUGGUCCGCCCGCCUCCAGCAGCAUCCAUCACUUUGAGAACCUCAUCAGCAGCAUGGCUUUCCUACUGCCAUUUCAGUACCUGAGUUCUCUCCCCGCCCCCUUGCUAGGCUCCACCCCUGGAUCCUUCCUGCCUGGUGACCAUACCCCCAUCCCCACCCUCUCCACUGAGACCAGCCUAGUGGGCUCAAGCUCCGCCACUUUUGACUUGGAUGUGGAGAAGAGCAGCAAAGUCCUCGGUGCUGCCACCCCCAAAAUGGAGGCUGAGGACAUCCCUGCCAGCGACACAUACUCGGACGCCCCCUCCACACCUUCCAUGACCUCUGAGCUUAUGCAGACAUCCCCUGAGGGGAAGCUCCACCUACCAGAGCAGGGUGGGGCCCCUGGGGCAGGUGGAGGACUGAAGAAGGGGCGGGUCUUUUGCAGCGCCUGCGAAAAGACGUUCUACGACAAGGGCACGCUGAAGAUCCACUACAACGCCGUGCACCUGAAGAUCAAGCACCGCUGCACCGUCCAGGGCUGCAACAUGGUGUUCAGCUCCCUGCGUAGCCGAAACCGCCACAGCGCCAACCCCAACCCCCGCCUGCACCUGCCUAUGAACCGCAACGGGCGCGAUCGCGACGUUCGGCCGGCCGCGUACAGCGAGGGAGAGGAGGAGGAGGGCGUGGAGAGCAGGCCGGUCUCCAGCUACGUGGUGAGCAGCUCCGACUCCAGGCUCCAGAGCGUCUUCCCCGCUGCAGGCCACUCCGGGCCGGGCCACGGCGGGAUCCUCUUCCCCAACCUGAAGACGGUGCAGCCUGUCCUGCCCUUCUACCGCAGCCUGGUCACACCCGCCGAGCUCGCCAACACCCCCGGGGCCCCGCCCUCCCUGCCCCACAUCUCCUCCUCGUCCGUGCCGGCCAACAACGGCCCCGUCGCUGCCGAUCCCGUCGCCGACCCCGUGCCGAAGAAGAAGUCCCGCAAGUCCAGCAUGCCGGUGAAGAUCGAGACAGAGGCAGUGGAGCCGGCCGCAGAGAGCCGCUCGGAACCCUCGCCGUCGCCGCCGCUCGGGCCCGCCGAGCAGCCGGACAGCAGCGGGUCGGCGUGCGAGAAGCCAGAGAGCUGCCACCAGGAUGGCGCAGAGCCGCGCAGCGACGAGGACGAGGGGACGAGGGUGCUGCACACCCAGGAGGGGGGUGUGAUCACGAGCACGUCGCCCCAGGACCACAAAUUAACCAAGCAUCGCAGCCUCGUCAGCGACUGUCCUGUCCCGCCCCUGCAGAACAGCACAGAGCCCUGUGAAACUGACACCGCAAAGCAGGACUACAGCACUGCCAGCAGCGGGCUCUUCAGAAUUUUAACAUUCAGGGACACCCCCAAGCCUGGUGACAGAGAGGACUCCUCCCCCAAAACCAGCCCCUCGUCAGUCCGCGCUGAUGGAGGGGAGACCGAUCACUGUGAGAUCUGCAGCGAGACCUUGCCUGACUCUCAUAGCAUCAAAACGCAUUGCUGUAGUGCCAAUGAGCAGGGGAUACACAGAAGUGUAGACGGUUGCAACACUACAUUUCCCAGCAGCAGGAGCAAAGACAGGCACAACACUAACUUCACCCCACACCCCACGGUGCUGACCAGAGAUCCUUGUGGGGCCUCGGACACAGUCAGCCCCGCCCCCUCUGUCUGCAGGGACAUGCCCACAAGCCUUCCUCAGGAUCCGCCCCUGAUCAACCCUACAGGGCAGCUAUCUGUGAUCUUUAAAGGACACUACAGAAUGGGUUUGGUGCACCCCAUGAGCACAGCACAGAACAGCCUGGCAGUGCUUGCAGGAGAUGAUGAAGAGAAGGAAAAGGAGGAGGCUGUGCUGGAUCUCAGUGCCACGUCAGCCAGCCAAUCAGAGCACCACACGCGGCCGCCCUGGGACUCGGACGGAGACAGCGAAGCAGGCGGGGCCGGGGAGGAGAGCAACGACAGCCAGGAGGGGACGGACCUGCCGCCGAGGGAGGGUCUCACCCCAAACCCGAGCGAAGGUCCAGGGUUCCGGCUGGGCGACGCUCCCAUCGCCUGCCCUGCCUGCCAGAAGGUGUACAGUAACAGGAACACGUUCAGGGCCCACUACAAAACCGUGCACCUCAGACUGCUGCACAAGUGCAAAGUGCCCGGGUGCAGCACAUCCUUCUCCUCUGUGAGGAGCAGAAACCGGCACAGCCAGAACCCCAACCUGCACCGCAACCUGACCACGACCGCGGCUCACCGCUCGCCACAGCGAGAGCAGCCCUCACACAGCGCUCAUGGCUUACUCGCAUGAAACGCAUGCCAGUACAAAGGCAGGAAACUCCUUCAUUACAGACGUGAAGUAAAUUUACCUGCAUGAACCACAUGAACCGAAUGGGCCAAACUGUACAUAUCACAUGUGCUACAGUUGUCCGUGCGACAGGUUAUGUCUACAUGGGUUUUUUUAUUCCCCCAAGUGUUUCACUCAAUAGGCUAGGACAUGGGGCAUGGUUUAAACCCUUUAAAGGCAGUACAGUUAGAAUGCUUGUCGAAGUUGCUGACAUUUGGCUGAAUUUCCAAUGAAAUGAGUAAUAGUUAAUAGUUAAAUGGGUGCAAGAAUUCAGUGGAAACUGGAAAUUGUGCAAAAAACUGAAAAUUCCAGCACUGUUAUUGAGCAUUCAGUAAUUCUUUAAAAGUAGGAGACUCAGGAAUACGCAGGCCUAGUUUCCUUUUCUCUAUACCUUUAACUUUGGAAAUUCAUAUGGAGGGAAAAAACAAUAAUUUUAUCCAUAAAUACAAUUUGCAUGUGUUAUAAAUAUCCUUAAUGAUUCACAUCUGAGCAUAUGCUAUCAGCACCCCUUCCUCUUCCUCAUAUCCAUACACAUGAUGGUGGGAAUGUUACUCACCUUUCUGGUGUGGACCCAAUGCCAUACUGUGUCUCACAACAACACAUUAGAGGCAGAGUAUUCUAGCUGAUGGAGAUAUGAUUUGAUGCGGUCUUGUAUCCAUUCCCUUAUGGAAAUGGAAUGUGUGUUGUGAAUAUGUGAAAUUAUAUAAAAUAUGUAUUUCAAGUGCAAUAUAUUGCAAUAUAUUCAAUUUAUUUCAAAAUAUUUUCAAAUAUAUUCCAUUUCCAUUGGAGGAUCUCUUCUGCUUGUUUGAUUUUGCCAUUUUGGAAGGCUAAAUUUGACCAAAGAUGUACCUUUUCUGAGAUGUGUACAACACAUAUUCCCUUUGGAGGUAAGCAGUAUUCAAAUUCAUAUCAGUGUGUGGACUUGGGUUCUGUUCAAGCAAGGAACUGUAAAAUUAAUGAAUGUUUUUUUUUCAUUGUUUUAUAUCAACAAGUAAAAAUGAGAAUAAUAAUAGCUGUUAGCAUAGUUAACUGUUUCAAGCACUAAAGAACUCAGUAUUGUCAUCUUUUUUUGUUAGUAAAUGAAUAAUGAUAAGGUAGUGUUUUACAAAGAGGGAAAUCUGGGCUAUAAUACCAGAUUGACUGAUGUUGGAAUCCAAAUCUAACAUGGUGGUCUACAAUAAUGAUAUCCAUGUCAAAAUGGAUGCCUCAGUAUUAACAUGCUAUUAUACAAUGGUUUAACACUGAGCAUAACAUGGGCCAUUGAUAAAUGUAGCCACAGCAUAUCUACAUUAGUAAUAUGCUGUAUGCAGUGUUGUUGAAUGUUGUGCAGGGAUGACAUAGUCUCAUAUUUAUUGUAGUAUUUAUGUGACUUUCAAUAUACUGAAGAGGAAAUGUCGUCACUCACCAGUCUAGGAGUCAGGCCAACCUGCCAUGCCUCAAUUUCCCAAGCAUGACUCUGCAGGACACAAUUUCCACAUCAUUCCUGUGAUGUCUGUAUACUAAUCUUGAAUUUGGUACAUUAAUGACAUGCAGUACAUUCUGUGCAUUUACUGUACAUUUUGUAACCAGAAUAAUUUAUAACUUGAAAGAAACCAAAAAUAUUCUACUGUAACAGAUACAAGCUUCAAAUUUCACGCAAUAAAUGCUUUUGCUCAA